AUGAGCAGACCUGCCCGGUCCGUCGUCGAUCCUUACGGUCUCAUCCUCACUCACGUCUCUCUUUGCUUCGACAUGCUAUUCAUGAUUUUCACGAACAUACUUACGAUCCUUACGACGCUCAUGACACUCUGGCAGUGGAUGGUGCAGCAGCUAGGCUUAUCAAACACGGAAUCUCAUCCUACUCCUCGCAGGCGAGGGCUGCUCAUAGGCAUCAACCACUCGAGAACCGACAGUGAUUCUACCCCGUUGUCUUCCGGGCCUUACAGAGACACACAUAAAGAUGUGGAGGCGUGGAAAAACUUGCUUAUUUCUUCGUACAGUUACGAAGAGGACGAACUGGUGUCGAUGAUCGACCAUGAAAGUUGCAAGCCUGAGCUUCGACCCACUAGGUGCAACGUGCUCACGCGGCUCAGAUUGAUGACUCAGGAUGCGCGAAAGGGCGAUCGAUUUUUCUUCCUUUAUGCGGGUCAUUCCUCUCUCAGCCCCUCGUCGACGGGCUUGGACGAUGCCGACCGGAGACUUGCGAAUAAACUCUGGUGCUCAGAUGGUUUGCCGAUCCGUGACAAGGAGUUACGGUAUUCCUUACUUGGAAAAUUACCCGCGGGCGCGAAGUUGACGGCGGUUGUGGAUUCAUGCCAUUCUGCUUCAUUCUUCGGAUUGGAACACGGGAACUGUCACUUACUUGCUCAAGCACUACGCAAGCUGCGACCGAUGGUCGCGCCACUGAGACAAUGCACUCUCAAGGUUCUCACCGGCCAACAUUCUCCGCCCGUCAACACUUCCCCCGUCCUCAUGUCACCCGACAGCCCGUCUCCUCUAGCGUCACGACAGAACUCUUACGAAUACCCUCAUCAGCUCUGUGCUGGAUUAUGCGCUCCUUCUAAAUCGAGGCUUCCCGAUGUCCUGUCUAUCGCAGCAUGCGGUGACAGACAAGAAACAUAUUCCGAUGAUAACGGCGGUUGUUUGACAAGGUCGUUAACGGCAAUAUUGCGUCACAACCCUCAUCCAACGCUUGCGGAGUUGAAUGAGUGGCUUUAUUCCUCUCUUCGACGAGAGAAUGAAAUAGAUGGCCGUCCUAUCCGACAGAAACCCCAGCUUCGAAGCAUGAAACCACUGAACUUCGACUUGACCAGAUUCACCGUCUGA